UUUUACUCUCACAUAACAAGAAACAAUCAUGGACAGUCAAAAAGUUGGUAUUCUCGGAGGUGGUCAAUUAGGCCGUAUGAUGAUUGAAGCAGCUUCUCGUCUCAAUCUUCAAGUAACUGUCCUCGAUGACCCCACAGAUGCUCCUGCCAAGCAGAUUGAAGCCACUCAAUCUCAUAUUCAUGGUGCAUUUAAUGAUGCUUCUAAGAUCCGUGAACUUGCUAGCCAAGUCGAUGUAUUAACUGUUGAAAUUGAGCAUGUUGAUGCAGAAGUUUUGGCUGCCAUUGAAAAAGAAGGUCAUGUCCGUGUCUGUCCUUCUGCUUUCACUGUCAAGACAAUCCAAGAUAAAUAUGUUCAAAAGCAACACUUGACAUCUCAUGGUAUUCCUGUUGCUGACUAUGUCGAAUGUCCUAAUACGGAAGCUGUCAAAAAGGCUGCUCAACAAUUUGGUUAUCCAUUCAUGCUCAAGUCCAAGACGAUGGCUUAUGACGGUAAGGGUAACUAUGCUAUCAAGUCAGAAGAGGAUAUUGAAAAAGCUGUUGCUACAUUGUCCAAGACACCAUUAUAUGCUGAAAAGUGGGCUCCCUUUGUAAAAGAAUUAGCUGUCAUGGUUGUUCGUCGUGCUAACGGUGAAGUGCGUGCUUAUCCUGUAGUGGAAACAAUUCACAAGAAUAGCAUUUGCCAUCUUGUGAUUGCUCCUGCUCAAAUUGAUGGCUCUGUUGCUGCCAAAGCUCAAGGUAUUGCUGAAUUGGCCAUCAAGACAUUCCCUGGUGCUGGUAUUUUUGGUGUAGAAAUGUUUGUCAUGGCUGAUGGUGAAAUCUUGUUAAACGAAAUUGCACCCCGUCCUCAUAACUCUGGUCACUAUACUAUCGAAGCCUGUGAGACAUCUCAAUUUGAGAACCAUAUGCGUGCUGUUCUUGACAUGCCCUUGGGAAGUACUGCCAUGAAGGUGCCUGCUUCUAUUAUGGUCAAUAUUCUAGGUGAAAAUGAAGAUAUGGAAUCAUGCUACAAGCCUUGUCAUGAAGCAUUAUUGGCUGAUGGUGCUACUAUUCAUUUGUACGGUAAAAAAGCAUGUAGAGCAGGUCGUAAGAUGGGCCACAUCACGUUGGUGGGUGAUUCAAUGAUGCAAGUCCAAAAGAACCUCAAACCCAUUUUAGAAGCCAUUGAGCCAGGUGUAGAACGUCCAUUGACUGUGCGUCCUUUAGUGGCUAUGAUUAUGGGUUCAGAUAGUGAUUUGCCUGUCAUGAAAGUAGGCGCCAAGAUCUUAAAGGACUUUGGUAUUCCUUUUGAAUUGUCUAUUGUCUCUGCACAUCGUACACCUAUCAGAAUGGUUGAAUAUGCUCAAUCUGCUGCCGAACGUGGUUUGAUGGCCAUUAUUGCUGGUGCUGGUGGUGCUGCUCAUUUACCUGGUAUGGUAGCUUCCAUGACACCCUUACCAGUCAUCGGUGUGCCUGUCAAGGGCAGUUCAUUAGAUGGUGUGGAUUCACUCCAUAGUAUUGUGCAAAUGCCUCGUGGUAUCCCUGUGGCUACUGUGGCUAUUAACAACAGUACCAACGCUGCUCUUUUAGCUAUUCGUAUCUUAGCUGCAUCUAUUCCUUCUAUUCAAAAGCAAAUGGUUGACUAUAUGAACAAUAUGGAAGGCGAAGUGAUGAACAAAAUAGAGAGAUUGGAUAAUGUUGGCUGGGAAAACUACUAAAAUGUUUAUUGUAUAAAGUUUAAAUGCAAAUGUGUUAAUAAAAGU